AUGGGGUUCCUCAAACGCGCCUUCAAAAACAAACUCAACUUAGACGACAAGCGACACAACAGUAGCAGUGGUAGUGACUCCAGUGGGGAUGAGGCACCGAAGUGCAAGAAGGGACAGGACGGCAUACCAGCAUGCGGUGAUUGCACCACACACGUCACCCCCACCACAUGCAUUGAUUCCACGGGCCGAAUAAUCCUAACAUACUCACAGGAACACG